GUUGAUGGCAGCGAGGUCCUGUGGCGACAGCCGAACCGAAGGCACGGUUCCUGUGUCGCUCGGGGUCUGGCGGCUGCUGCUCGUGGGCUCUUGCCUGUUUGAGGCUGCUUCGUCCGCGUUUUUGGAAGGACAGCUGAGGGUCCAGGUGGAGGAAGCCACAGGAUUUCACAAAUAAAUUCUGCAUCAAGCCCACGACUUCUGUGAGGUCUCCACUUGCCCUUAUGGACAGGCUCCAUCCAUGGCAGGGGUUCAAGCAUAUUUGAGCCACUGCCUAGUGGCUCACAGGCCUGAGCUCUAAGAGGAUGGGGACCCGCGGCCCAGCGCCAUGAGGACGAGCCGCUGCAGCCACCUGCCGGGAGUCCCUCCGGAGUGCCCGCGCCCACCAGCCCCUGAUGGCAAGAGCCUGGCCAGCAGCAGCGGGGGCCUGGCCAGCAGCUGUCCCCAGUAUGUCAUGCAGGUGUCCUCCAAGGACGGGCAGCUGCUCUCAUCCGUCGUGCGGACCCUCGCCGUGCAGAGCAGCCCCUUCAAUGACCGUCCCAUCUGUAGGAUCUGCCACGAGGGCAGCAGCCACGAGGAGCUGCUGUCCCCCUGCGAGUGUACGGGGACCCUGGGGACCAUUCACCGCAGCUGCCUGGAGCACUGGCUCUCGUCCUCCAACACCAGCUACUGUGAGCUCUGCCACUUCAGGUUUGCAGUGGAGCGCAAGCCCAGGCCGCUGGUGGAGUGGCUGAGGAACCCGGGCCCCCAGCACGAGAAGAGGACUCUCUUUGGGGACAUGGUGUGCUUUUUGUUCAUCACCCCGCUGGCGACUGUCUCCGGCUGGCUGUGCCUGCGAGGAGCCGUGGACCACCUGCACUUUAGUAGUAGGCUAGAAGCUGUCGGCCUCAUUGCACUCACUGUGGCACUCUUCACUAUUUACCUCUUUUGGACCCUAGUGUCGUUCAGGUACCACUGUCGGCUGUACAACGAGUGGCGUCGGAACAAUCAGCGGGUGAUGCUCCUCAUCCCAAAGUCUGCCAACGUCCCCUCCACCCAGCAGUCCCUGCUGGGCCUGCAGCCCCUCAAAAGGAGCUCAAAGGAGACAGUUGUUUGAUUUGGGGCAGAUCUGAGCAGGAGCCGUGCACUAAAGAUGUUUUUUCUCAGACUUGCUGGGGUCAGGCAGCAUCCAGUGCCCAGGAACAUGCUAUUUGAAUUUACAGACUGACUGCAGAGGGAUAAAUCACUGCUCGAGUUCAAGUCAUGGGUGCUGCAGUCAUUUGUGACAUUUGCUAAGCUGCCAAAUGUGUUUAGUUAGCAGGGACCCUAUGGAUUCUGCAAAUAUGUUAAUUGUUGCAUCAUCAAGCGAUGCAAAUUUUUUUAUUGUUUAAAGUAUUAAACUAUGGUAAUUAACAAUGCAAAACAGGUUUAAAAAGUGCUUUGUUUUUAUGAUUUCUUGUUCCUACAGUACUAGUUCUUUAGGCAGCUGGACAGCAACCAGUACUUCUUUCUGCUUCCUAAGGCACAGCAAUGGCAUUUCCUCAUUUGAUUUUAUCUGCAGGUCCAUUAUACCAAUGUUUUCGUUAUUAAAAUAUGUGCGCAAUGAGUUCUACAAAUUGGCACAUUAUUUAAAUGCUACAAAGUGAUUAGGAAAUUAUCUUACCCAUUUCCUAUUUGGCAGGGAAGGUCUGAGAGGAAGAUUCUUCAGUUACGAAUCGAGCAUGCGCAAGAGAAAAAUUAGACAAAUUGCAAUAAUCUUCCUAUCAAAAGUAUUACAGUACAUAGCACUCAGGAAAAAAAAAAAACAAACCUUUUCCAUGCAGAAGCAACAAAUUAGGCACCACAUUCUCCACUGAAGUGCACAUUCUGCUGGUGUGAAUUCAAACUUAGCCAAUUUACCCUGCACUUACACCAAGCUGAAUUUAACUCCACAGCUUACUUUUGUAUAGGGAAAGCUCUGCAUACAUAAUGAAUGAGAUCAUCAGAUAAGUUUUAGGAAGCAGGGACUCAUCUUGCAUGAAGAAGAGCAUUAUCUUAGAGCAGCAGAAACUCCAGCUUGACAGGUAGGAUUUGGCAGAGCUUGUGCAAAUCCUGACCUCUCAUGGUUGCACUGAAGCACCUUUUAAAAUAUUUGACACACAGCCCUCUAUGGUGACCAAAUUGAAUUUGGAGUGUAGAAACCAGACCUUAUUCCUGGGUGACUUUAUCUACUUCCCCUUGGUUUUAUGCCCAAAUCAUUCAGCAAUUCUUCACUCCCAGAAGAUAUGCACUUAUGUAGACAGACUUACUUAAAAUAACUACACAAAAUCUCAUUACCAAAUGCUGCCAGAAUGAGAAAUUGAUACAAAGCCCCUCUGAACAGAUGAAUUUCUUAGAAAUGUGCUUGGACGGCAAUACCAACAGGUGCUUUGUUUUCCAAACCCCGCAGGAACUGAAAAUCAAAAGGAAGACAUAGCAGGAAGGCUAAUAAUUUGUUACUCAUAAAGUUGAAGGUAUUAUGGGUAUUUACCAUCAGACAAGAAGUUAUUUGAUGUUUUGUGUGUGCUCUGUGCGGGGAAAAACAGCUUAGUACACAAAGCCAAAUCUGUUAAGUUUCUUUAUUCUGUCUGUGGACCAGUCUAGCUGUGAGCAUGUUAUUUAACAAUGUUCUUUGUAACUGCCAGUCAUGGGGAUAGGAGAAUCAUGGGGAUAUAAAGCAAUAACAGCCUCAUUCCAACAGAAAGCUGCUUACACAACAAGCCAAGGUGUGUAAGAAAAUCAUGAACCUGCAGAUCUGCACUCAUCAGUCUGACAACAAGGCUGGGGUUGGUCAUGUGUGGCUGUGAAUAACUGCUUCUCUUCCAGGGAAAAUUAUACGAGGCUCCAAAGGGAUGGAUAUCACAAAAUCUGUGAUAGCCUAAAACCUGUAGUGCUUAUUUAUUUAUUUUUUUUUAUACCUCUUCCCAAAGGUAAAUAACUAUUUAGAUGGAAGACUGAACAUGCACUUAAGCAGAGUUUCUAGGUAGGAAAAAAUCUGCUGGCCAGGGGCCCAGAAGUAAAGCAAAUCUGGGUGGGUCAGGAUGCUGUCAGACAGUGUUUUAAUGCCUACACACAUACUUUAGGUAAUCUUUCUUCCAACCUCUGUUACUGCUUCUCCUUCUUUGGGAGAUACUCCAGAAAGAGUUGUUAUUCUUAGUACUGCUGUUGGGUUUGUUUCAUAAAACCAAAAAUUAGGGUGAUAAGGAAUUAAAUAAAGGGCACAACAUUCAGGGAAACAUUUAUUCAAGCGAAGCUGCAAGGUCUAUGCACAGAGAUCAGCACAGUGACUUGGCCCAGCUCACCUGUGUUAUUUCAAAAUUUUUUUUUUUUUUUUUUGGUGCAAAUGCAGUUUCAUUCAUCUGAAGAAGGCAUAUUGAAGCAGACAGAAGGAACAAGUAUGGUCCAGUUUAGCACAUGCACGACUCAUCCUGUUUCUGUGCUUGAUGCAGCAGCACAGCAGAACUGUCUGGUGAAGUCAGCAGCAGUAGUGUCCCAUGGAUUUUCUUGAGGAAAAAAAAGUGUCAGGAAAGAUCCAGUUGGACAUCAUUGCAUUAAAAACAUGGAAAAAAAGCAUACUUACAUUUUUCCUCGUUUUUCCUAAAACACAAGAUCUGGGAGGUGAGAGACAUUACUCCUUAAUCCCGCUUCUGUUCUAAAGCUUUACAGACAGAAGAAUCUGCCAGAUGGGAGUCGAUUUUUUCCUUCCACAUGUUGACGCUGUUGCUGCCACACCAAGCCCAAACUUCCAUAAAAACUGGAUCAUUACAGCAAAUAUUCCACAACAGCAGCAAUACCCAUUUCUGUCUGAAUAGAAGUGAAAGACAAAACUAACCACAGUAGAAGCCAUGGCGAGCACAGCUCCUGACAAUAUAAUGACACCUUUGUUAUGCUCUCCUUACAAAACAAAAUUAAUUAAAGAACAUAAUUAAUGAAAGGAUGAGUGACCACUUUUUUAUUUUUUUUAAAUGUCACUCAACUUCCCUCUUAGCAACUUUAUGCUUUCUUCUCAUACAGCUGACCUUGUCAUUUACAUUCCUUUUCCAGAUAAGGAGUUAUACAGAAGGAACAGUACUCAACACUAUUUGAGUCAUUAUUUUAAGUUGCAAGUGAUGAAAGCAGCCCAUUCAGAUUCGGUGUGAUGAGUGCAAUGCAAAAAAAAGUGAGGAAGUUUUACUUUUUUUUACAUAGUCUUUCCCCUGCAGGACUUGGCUAUCACAUUACAUGAAGAUUUAGAAAUACCACAGCAUUCUGUUCAGCAGGAAGGAAGUCACAGCAGAAGCAGUUAUUAAAAAUACUUCAGUUUUUGGUAUUGUUUAGGGGUUUUUUUUUUCAUUACUCAGCUGUACAGUUCUGCCAGACUGAGACCUCACAAUGUCAUUUGCAUUUCAUUUAUUAAACCCAGCUUUGCACCAAUACAAAGUCACACAGGGCAAAAGUGACAACUCUGCAUAAAGGGACCCGGAGCCAAUAUAUGCAACUGGCCUUUGAUGCAAUGGGCACCAUCAGAAAGAGGUAUGAGAAUAGAUAUUGGGACAGACUCAUGCACUAAGAGAGCUAAAGAAGCUCUCCCUUUGAAAAAAAAACCCAAACCUGUUAAUAAUUAAAUGUCUUUGCUUGUUACUUUUUGUGAGCCGGCGCUUCAUUUAAUUGGUUGAUUAAAGAAGCAUUUUCCUUGCAAGCAGAA